GGGGCAGACCUUCAACCUCCUUGCACCCAGCAGAGUGAGGAGCUUAGCUGGUCUCUCCAGGGAAGUCCUGUUGGUCACUACCAGCACAUCACAAUCUCCUGUAAGCAUGAUCUUCACUCCCUUCCUUCCACCUGCUGAAAUGUACAUGAAAGGUCUGCAAAAAGACCCCAAGGAAUGUGACGUCUGGUCUGGCAUGAAAGAGAGCACAUCUGAUGGCACAGUCUCAUCCUGGGAGCCUGCUCUUCUGGGAGGGUCUUGGUGGGCCCAGUUCCAAAGAGCCUUGGCAUGUCUCACCAAAACCUUCAGGGGAAGAUACUGGACACUGAGAAACUGAAACCCGGGGAGCCAAAGACACAGACCUGUGAACGGUCUUCAAGACCCAUCUGCUGCCCCAUGCCCCUGCUCUUCCCCACUGUAUCGGCCACUGGGCCUCAAAUAAAUGCUGGCA